UGCUCAACUGUCAAUCAUCAGAACGUCAGACGCCCGGGGGAAGUGGGCGGGGCGGCUUGAGCGUCUGAACGAAUGGAGUUGAUGGUGCGGUCGCCAUUAACGUGCUGAGAGGAACGGCCCGACCAGACUUGGCGGCGCGACGGACGACUCCACAGCUUUAGUUCAUCACUCCGUGAAAGCAGGGCGUGCGUAACGCUCUCUUUUUCCUCUCUUACCCUAGAGCCGGUGUCCGAAUAGCAAGGCCGCCGCUGGGCUCCUUUCGGAAGCGGUUAGGAGUGGAAGGGGGAGAGGCGCUGCGCUCGGGAGACGACGAGGUGAUGUCGGAAGGCGAAAAGGCGGCGGCGGUAGCUGCAGCCGCCGACAAGGCAGCCGAGGCAAUGAAUACGACGGCCGAGGUGGACGACGAGGAGGAGGAGGAGAGCGAAGACGAGAGUGAGAUCCUGGAGGAGAGUCCGUGUGGCCGCUGGCAGAAGCGACGGGAGGAGGUGAACCAACGGAAUGUUCCUGGAAUUGACAGUGCAUAUUUGGCAAUGGACACUGAAGAGGGAGUGGAAGUUGUAUGGAAUGAAGUCCAGUUCUCAGAACGAAAAAACUUCAAACUACAAGAGGAUAAGGUUAAAGCUGUCUUUGACAAUCUCAUCCAGCUGGAGCAUCUGAACAUAGUGAAAUUUCACAAGUACUGGGCAGAUGUGAAAGAAAAUAAAGCGAGGGUUAUAUUUAUAACAGAGUACAUGUCAUCAGGAAGCUUAAAACAAUUCUUGAAAAAAACAAAGAAAAACCACAAAACGAUGAAUGAAAAGGCCUGGAAGCGAUGGUGCACACAGAUUUUGUCUGCCUUGAGCUACCUCCAUUCCUGUGAUCCUCCCAUCAUCCAUGGCAAUCUGACUUGUGAUACAAUAUUCAUCCAGCAUAAUGGACUUAUAAAAAUUGGGUCUGUGGCACCUGAUACAAUUAAUAACCAUGUGAAAACUUGUAGAGAGGAACAGAAAAACCUGCACUUUUUUGCCCCAGAAUAUGGAGCUGUAACAAAUGUGACUACGGCUGUUGAUAUUUACUCAUUUGGAAUGUGUGCAUUGGAGAUGGCAGUUUUGGAAAUCCAGGGUAAUGGUGAAUCAUCAUAUGUGUCACAAGAAGCAAUCAAUAAUGCAAUUCAGUUACUUGAAGACACUCUGCAAAGAGAAUUUAUUCAGAAAUGUUUGGAGGUUGAUCCUGUUAAACGACCCACUGCCCGUGAACUUCUCUUUCACCCAGCUCUAUUUGAAGUACCUUCACUAAAGUUGUUAGCAGCACACUGCAUCGUCAGUCAUCCUCAUAUGAUCCCUGAAAAUGCUUUGGAAGAAAUAUCAAAAAACAUCGACAUGACUGCAGUUCUAGCAGAGAUUUUUCACCAUGACGCAGAAGGCGUACAGAUCAGAUUCUCCCAGUUUCCUGCACUGGAGUUAGAUAAAUUUUUAGAGGAUGUAAGGAAUGGUAUUUAUCCUUUGACCGCAUUUGGGAUGCCCAUGCCUCAGCAACCACAGCAGGAGACUGUAACAUCACCCAUUGUCCCACCAUCUGUGAAAACACCUACACCUGAACCUGCAGAACUGGAGACCAGGAAGGUCGUUCAGAUGCAAUGCAAUAUUGAGCCAGUUGAUGAAGGAGCCAAACAUCAUCUAACUCUACUCUUGAAACUGGAAGACAAGCUAAAUCGCCACCUCAGCUGUGACUUGUUGCCUAAUGAAAACUGUCAGGAAUUGGCAGCAGAACUUGUUCAGCUCGGAUUUAUCAGUGAGAUCGAUCAGAGUCGAUUAACCAGCCUGCUCGAGGAUGCCUUCAGCAAAUUCUUCUAUAACCGGAAUGGUUCUAUUUCUGACGUCACAGUUUCUUCAUAGCUGCGGAACUACUGUGUGACGCAACUACUUCAUCACCGGUCUUAAAUGGACGAAAGAGGAUAUCACAGGAAGCCACUGGCUCAAUUGCAUGUAGUAGUGUGGUGAUGUCGAGUUCCCAUCUUGAAGUGGUGAACAUCCCACCAAUGAAAAGUUCUGUUGUCAGUAUUAUGUCCCAUCUGUGCUUCACCCUGUGACUAUCGUAUUUUAUAUAGCAGUAAGACUUGCAGAGCGCUGCCACAUUGGAAAGGCGCUUUGCUCUUAACUGAGUAAAGGUGGGAUGGAAGUAGGGAUUGGGGUGGUAGGGGGAAGGGAAAAAGGCUGUUAAUCUGAACACGAAGACUGCAAAGGAGAGAAUAAAGUGAGAAGUCUGCACGAAGUGAAGUAUCGCUUGAUACAUCUUUGGGAACUCUUUCAAUACAUUGUAUCGCUUUAUAUGCCAGUAAUGUGCAUGUUUCUUCUGUGUUGUAUAAUCUUUGCACAUUUGUUUUCAAGAUCCGGAAUGCUAGAUGAUUUUAAAUGACAGUGUUCCUGCAAAUGCAUUUAAGAGGCCAUUCCUCUGAAAGUUCCUACUAUUUUUCAGUGUUGACAUUUUAAAAUGGCAUGGCUUUUGUGCACAUGGAAGUGGGGAAUGUAAUGGCCAUUAAACCAGCAACUGUCUUAUAUUUUUACCAGCUUAAUGAACUUAUCCAAAUGAUUAGUUGAAUUUGGAUAAACUGUUCUGGAUCCAAACACAAAAUUGAACUGUUGUACUGUUUUUCUUCAAAAUGUAUAGAAUGCCUGAUCAGAAAUGAAAAUACAUUGCAAGUUAAUUACGUCUUGACAAGAUUCAGCUGAUAUGCCAGGGCUGCCUUUGCUUUAAUUAAUUGCUUUAUUGAAGCCUUCCUUCCCAAUACUCCCAUUCUUCCUUUCUCCCAUUUCCCUGAAAGCUUUAUGUAUGUAAAGCUGAACAUUGAUACAGAUAUGUAAUCCUUAUUUUGUAGUAUUUUGAGUUGUAUGGCUGAGGUUGUGUAGUAGUUCUGAUGGUCGUUUUGACAUGGCAAUCGCAUUGAUCAUUUGUUAGCCAUGAAUUUCUGUGAAGUCUGUUGGCCAAAGGAAGUUGAGAUGAUUUGUUUGUCUUCUGUUUUGAGCCAAAUAGUGUAUGGUGAGUUCAUAAGCACAAUUUCUUGGUUAUUUUGGUUUGCAAGCAACACAAAGGGUUAAUUUCACUUGCAAGAACCAGUUUGUCAGUAAUCAUUUCUGAUUAUCUUGCAUUUUCUCAGUUUAGAUAUAGUUUUGGUAUGUGGAAUGUUUUUCAACCUUUCUGCAUUUAGACAUUAGAAUUUGAGGUAAGAGAACUGAGAUGAUAAUUGUUGAAGAAAAAAUGGGGUUGUUACGGAGCACCUAGGCUUAAUUGGAAUUUCUGUAAUAUUUAGAGAAUGGCAAAACACUGUAUGGUGGCAUUGUUCAAAGUCCUAACUGCAUUUAAUGCAGCAUUCACUGAAGCAAAUAUACUGUACUGAAAAAUCAGUGCGUGGCUGUUCUUGUUAUUUACCCUUCUGAAUUGUGCAGAAAAAUGUCAUAUUUGAGUCCAUGCAUUAAUCUUUUUCUAGAUUGCCCCUAACGUGGUUCCUGUAAUAAAUGGCUGGAUGUCAGAGGAAAAUUAUUCUUACCACACAUGAGACAUUUUAAAUAGCGAUCCAUUUAUUGAGUUGCAUUGCUUGGCUUGAAUCUGUCACAGUUUAUUCGCACACAGACAUUUUUUGCAUGUCAGCUCUGGAACUCUUGGGCAAUCAGUUCAGAAAUGUAAAGAUCCAAAAACUGAAGAUGUAUUGAAUUAGCAUACUAUGUACAAAUAGAUAUUUUACAUGUAAGCUUUGUUUCCUACUUGAAUCAGAUAACGAGUAAGACAACUAAUGUCUUGCUAAUAUAUCAAAGACAGUUAGUCAGCUAACCUUGCAGUGAAAGAUUAAUAUUAAACGGGUUUGUCAACUGAACUAAAUGAGACAUUCCAUUGACCGAGACUGAAGCUAACUGCAGCUCCAAGGCUAUCGCUGAACCCACAAGUAAUUCUUCCAUACUCAGAAUCUGCGAAUCUUAAAUUGCAGGUCCUUUUUACAUCUGGGUGUCAACACCUGAAUCACUGCCCUAUGAUGCGAGUCAUUUUUGCUGAUUGCUAUCUGUUUUAUCAGCAGGUGACACAUAAGCUUAAGGCUCUGUUUGAUAGCCAUGAAUCUGCUAUUCCCAUCCAUCCAAGUACAAUCUCUCAAAUACAUUUAGAUUUAUGUGACCAGUUAAUUAAAGACUAAACCUAUUUGGGCCAAAAGGGAUGAUUGAGCUCACAUUUAGAUAUUCCAGUACGUCAUAAAAUAAAAUUGUCUACUCUUCACUACCUGUGUAAAGACGGGUGUCUAAUGGUUAGCAUUGAGCCAAAAGGCCUGGUUUCGUGCUGUAUGACCCUGGCUUCCAUGCUCUUACCCCACUCACCCUCCUGUUACUUCCUAUCACACCAACACCUGAUGAGAUGUAGUUGAAAUUGAUUUUAUCUCCAUUUGAACUUUAAAACAGAAAGCAAACUUUGCCACUGCGCUAAAUUUUACUUUUUAAUUUAUGAGGACAAUUGAUGUGUUUUGCUUGUUCCCUUUUUUUCCACAUAUUAGAUUGUACAAAAUUCUUACUAAUUUGUUUCAUUCUCUCAGAAAAAAUGUGAGUUUGCAAAUUAUUUUUGGAGUUUUGGAUUGAUGUUGGAUUAUGCAUAUAUUUCUUGAAGUUACUAUGGCCUAUUGAAUUUGCUUGUAAGUACGCCAGAGAGAUUGCAAGUACAAGUUGUCCAAUACUUCACCAAAUGAUUGACACUUGAAAUAUUAAGAAUCGGGUCUAAAAUACUGAUAACUGUCUUUUUUUUAAACUAUAAAUUGCUUCUUUACAUUACAUGUGAUGUUACUGAGCAGCAGAAAUGCAGGCUACAUAUAUUAUAAUUUGAACAGUUUUUUUUCAUCCAGAAGCUUGUGUUAUCGACGACUAUAUUCCCAAUAUACUACGGACCUGUGGGUAAAAUAGAUUUGUGGAGGCAGAUUAUUUUGGUUUAUGAGCAACUAACAAUAGCAAACUGUUUCAAUUCCCAGUUUUGUUUAACAUUUUAAGCACUUUUGGAUGAAAAGAGUUGUCAUCUUAGAAAAAAAUCUUUUCAAUAAUCCCAUGGGAAUGGUAGGAUUUUUCUUUGAGGAACUGGAAGUGAUCAGGCUGGAAAACCUAUUAAAACAUUUUUGCAAAGUGGUUGUCUGAAGAAUUAUGGGAUUUUAGAAAGGGGCUGCAAGUAGCAAUUUCUGAGAAGCAAUCCAACACAAUAGCAAGUUAUUUUGUGCAUUUUGACUUGGUUUUGUGAACGUUAUUGGUACUUUGAUUCAUUCACAAGAGUUGGCUUUUCCUGGUUAGGCUACCUUUAUUCCUAAUUCCAGAGGCCUUGCAAGAGUCAACCACUGCUGUGGAUCUGGUUUAUAGUCAUGUAAUAGGUUUACUAUAUUUCGGAUAAGGAUACGAUUGCCUUCAUUAAAGGAUAUUGGUGAACCAUUGUGGGAUUUUUCCACAUUUUAGUUGUAUCAUUGUGCUUUUUUAAUUACAAAAUGUAUUUAGUUAUUCCUUAUGCUGUGUGGAAUUUAAACGUGCAUCUCUGAUUUAUUAGAUCUGGCCUUUGUUUACCAUCCUGUAACUUUUGCUACCAUAACACUUUGGUCUUGCUGCAUGACCAAUUGUUAACUAAGCAGAAAUUGUUACAAAAUUAUCUUGUACCCAUGUUCCCGUUUGAAUCCAAAGGACGAAUGAGGUAUGAUGUCUUUAUCAAUUUUGGCCUAAUUCUUCUUUUGAUGCACUUUUUAAAAUCCUCUAUCUUGCAACAUGUGCAGGAGAGCGAAGUCAUGCUAUCAUAAAACAGGAAUAAGCAGUAUAGUGCAAAUAAUUAACCCCAGGAAGGUGUGGGAAAUUCUGCUCCAAAAAGCUUUAUUAGCACAAGGUGCAGACGUAAUAAAGUGUGAAAAGUGAACACAUGGGAUAGUCUGGAUUUAUUUUUAUUCUCAAAUGAUUGUAAGCAAAGCCUUUGCACUGUUUACAUGUUAUAUAUUUCUGAAUGUGCUGUGAUUAUUUCCUUUGGAAAGUUAAGUCCCCACCUUCAAAAAGAAAAAUAAUAAUACCAGCUUGGGAUCCAUUUCAGUUUUCCUUCAAAUAUUUCCCAUGGCAACAUUGGUUCAGGUCUUGGGUUGCAAGUAAUUUCAUUUUUCUCUACUUUUGAACUGAUAAGUGUCAAUCUAAGAUUAAUGAGAGAAACUGCCAGAAUUGGGAAAUGAAGCCUUUGUACACUUGAUAUCUUCACAUCCACAAUUCAAAGGUGAGGUAAAUUGGCUCAGCCUCCCAAGCUGAGAACUCUGGGACUUCAAAACAUCGCUUUAAUUUUAUUUCAACAACAUAAUGUUUUACAGAAUACUGAUUUGUUACAACAGAUCUGCUGUGUGCUACAUCUGGUUCUCUACUGUGACACAUUGAUGUUCCAUUAACGUGGUUGCGUGGGGGCUGUGUUGUGAGGUGGUCAAUGGUUGAUAUUUCUUAUUGUGUAAAGAUUAUUGCACCAUGUUUUUGUUUUGGUGUUCAAUUUCUUUCUGUAUCACUAAUUUCUUUCCCUUUCCCAGGUAAAAUGGAGUUAUAGUUGCAUUUUUAAUUUAGUUUUCUGAUUUCCCAAAAAUGAAAGUAUACAUGUGAAAACAGAAUGAUAAAUUGAGGGGUUCAUUGUGCGAUAUAAGCCUUGUUGCCAUAGGUUGCAUUUGAAAGGGCAUAUCAAAUUCCCAACUCGCUACUGUGCCCCCACUUCCCCCAACCACCAAGUCCAAAUGAAUAAAAUAAAAUCUUAAUCAUUAGCUUUGCACAAUGUAGUGAUGUCUACAAUAUUUUAUUUUAUACUAGUUAAGUAAUGUAUCAAAGCCCUUAUUUAAAUAUGUAAAUACAAAUUUUAAAAUAACAAAGUGCGAUCGAAAAGUUAAAUUUUUUUAAAAUUGGUUCAGUUACACAACUUUCACAUUUUGUUCAGCUUUGUUUUCCAAUUGUAAGCAUCGUAAUAAAAAGAGUGCAUAUUUUCAAGUUGUAUGAAAUCUUCUUCAGGAAAAGGGGCAAUAUAUUUUGAUGCUCCAUUCCAGAACACCUUGAGCUAUACUCUGGUUGCUCACUUCCAUCAGGAUUUAAAAUUUUUUACGGGGGUUUUACUUCCCAGUGUCCAAUCAAAGCUUAUUCAAUCUUCACAUGAUGACUUUUUUUUUGAAUGCUGUACUGCCAAUUGAUUAUAGAUUAUUUUUAAAGAUACAUUUAUAAGUGACUGUACCUCCAAAAUACUUAAUUGGCAAUAAAGUACUUUGGUGUAUCUAUUGAUCAUGUACUUCAGCUGUAUGUUCCUGAUCACUCUGAACCCUUUUUUUUCUUUUAAAAUCUUUUUAUUCGUUUUUUUUCAAAAGCAAAAA